AAAGAGUUAACAUUUCCAGUCCGGUAUGACUUCAGACUUGCUUUUGUAAUGUUGGUCAAAUAACUUGAUAAGUCAUAAUUGGUUUCUGAGGAACUGUCUGAAGUUUUACCAUAGAGAAGAGUAUCUCCAGAUUACACAGAGCUAUGUUGCAGUCAGAGGGCAGAUAUUCGGUGUGUUUCCCAGGAAAGCACUAAACUGCUGAUAAAUAUAAAGUAUUUCAUAUAGAAAGAUGGGACAUUUGGAGGGUAAAGUUCAGUAUAUAAGCAGAUGUUAUCGCUGUGUUAAAUAUAAGGCAUGGUGGAGAGGAACACUGUGCAUUCAGAAACUGAAGUUAGUUAUGCAAGAGGUGCUGUGCCUAUAGGGGAAAUGUAAGACAUGUUUUACAGGCAAUGCGCUUCAUUUGGGGAAAUGGAAGAGGAUUCAAUAAGUUUUUACUUUAGGCUUGCUGAUGCUCAGAAUCUGCCAAAUCUAAAACAGUUGCUACAGUCUGGAAUAAACCCACAAAAAAGAACCUUAGAACUUCUCAGCUGGGCCUGUUUAUCAAAAAACCUAACCAUCAAAAGUUUGGGGAAAAAGGGGUAUGAAGAAAUCCAGGAACUCACUGGGUUCACAACUCCCUCUGCUGCUACCCCAGACUUCUUGUUUGAGAUUGUCUAUUGUGAUCAGAUGAAUGCCAAGUUUGAGGAAACCAAAGGAGAUCGAGAUCUCAUCUAUGCAUUUCAUGGGAGCCGACUCGAGAAUUUUUACUCUAUAAUUCAUUGUGGUUUACAGUGUCAUUUAAACAAGACCUCUUUGUUUGGGGAAGGAACUUACCUUACCAGUGAUCUGAGCUUGGCUCUUCUGUACAGUCCCCAUGGUAAUGGCUGGCACCAAAGUAUUCUGGGACCUGUCCUUAGCUGUGUUGCAGUUUGUGAGAUCAUUGACCAUCCUGAUGUUAAAUGCCAAGUUAAAGGAAAAGAUGCUGGUGGCAUAGAUCGCCGAAGAGCAAGGGUCCGGAACAGUGAAGGUGGCGAUGUUCCACAAAAGUACUUUGUGGUCACAAACAACCAGCUCCUGAGAGUAAAAUACCUGCUCAUUUAUUCUGAGAAACUACACCGAAGAAGACCCACAAAGCAACCAUCCUGGAUCUCUCGGCAUAGUUUUAUAGUAAUGAUGAUGCUGUAUUUGUUGCUGCUGAUAGCUAUUGGUGCCUGUAACUCACCAACUUUCCAGUAUUACUGGAAUCGAUUUCUUGAAUCAAAGCGAUGAGUUUGUUGCUGCAAUGUUGUUUACUGCCCAAACCAUGGAUAUGCACUACACUAUUUACCUGAAGCCUUAGACACCGCUGUUGCAGAAAGACACAAGUCUGGACCAAGAAAAAUUUAAUUUACAAAAAAACUAUAGACAAUUUGCUGUGCCAAGAAUGUUGUUUAGACUUUGGAAUUCCUGUACUGUGUUAUGGUUAUAUUUAGUUCUGAAUAGUCUAUACUUUGUCUUGCCCAUGGGUAAUGACUGAUUGUGUUAGGAAAUGUAGCUGUUUUGUUUCCAAUUUUGCAUGAGGCUGUGAUUUUUCACCCCUUUGCUUAAUCACAUGCCUUUUGCAUUGGCCCCCCCAAAUAGUCAGUGCUUAAGAUGGAAAUGAAAUCUCCAGUGCAUCUUAUUGACAAUACACCUCCUAUACAUUGGAGGCGAUUUGAACCACUGCAUUUGGAAUUAUACUGUCCAUUUUAAAAUUCUGACCUUGGUAGCUGUUGGCGAGAAGACAUCAUUGUGGCCCUGAAGUGAUCCAACUACAAGAUAAGGACAUUAGGAAAGCUUUAUUUGUUCCACUGUGAUACAAGUCUCAUUAGCAGAUGGUUUUCCUCAUAUCCUAAGAAAGCUAUUUUAUACAUUCUGUCCAGUAAUAGUUUUAUAUAUAGUAUAUUUGGCAUCAAAAGAGCUGCAGUGUCCCAGUAACCAGCUCGUCGUUUGUUCUCCCCACAUUCUUUUCCAAAAAUUCCACAGUGAAAUCCUUGGGGAGUAAACAAGGGCUAUGAACAGUAAAAAAUGCACAGUGAAUAAUUUUUGUACUGUAUUAUACAUUUUAUAAUCCUUGGAAUGAAAUGUCAUACGGAGUUUGAUGUUAGUACGUUGUAAAAUUGUAACUUGCCCACCAGCUUUCAAAAUAUACAAUGUAUCCUGCAUGAAUUGCAGUCAAAACUUUCUUGCUUUUAAGUAUAAACCCAAAGGUCUAACAGAUCAGAUAUAAAGGGCAGCUUUUAGGCUGUAAAGUAAGUUUAUCUUCUUUGAGUUGCUAAAGUUAUUUCGGUCAAUGUUACCUGCAGCUUUAAUGGCUUUUGCAUUAACACCCACUCCUGUAACCCAACAUGUGGGGAUUAUUUAUCUAUUUCUAUUAUAGUUAUCACACAAUUUAAUGAGAUACUCUUUGUGUACUAUGGGAGGAAUACCAGGGUUAAUGAGCAUUUCCAGUCUGUAAAUUUUCUAAAGUGUAAUUUUAGAUUUUGUUGACACUAACAUAUAGCAUCAAUAAAUUUGAAUUAGGAAAUGAGAUGUUUAGCAAACUGAUUCCCUCCAUUGUUAUGUUCCAGUACUGCUUCAUCUAAUAACAUUGAAUACACCGAAAAUCAAAUCAAAACAGGCCUAUUUGCUUUGUUCUGGUUGCAGUUUACCUCAGCAUAGAUCACUUUCUUACUGUUUCUUGAUAUUUGGUUACCAGUUAGAUAUUGAAUCUGGUAUAAUUUCAAUGUUAUGUCUUUGAUAGCUCGAAUUUUGUAUCUUGUUUAUUUAAAGGGAAAUUGUUACUUAAAUACCUUUUAUCAUUUAUACUAUUUUGUAAAAAAAAACUGUUCAUUUUGGUGAGGGGCUGGGUGUUUUGCUUUUGAGCACUUUCUAGAAUAUAUUUCCAGAUUCUGAGUAUUUAAUACAGCAGUUAGUUAUUUACUAAAACCUAUUGUACUAACUCCCUAGUAAAAGUUAUAAUGGAAACCUAUACGCUACCUGUCUCUGCACUAAUUAACAAGGGGCCAUAUCCAGGAGCUUUUAAACUUCUUGGUGUUGUUUUCAUAUGUCUUUUACAUUGGUGUAAGAAUAUAAAUGAAAUAGAUCAGGAAGUAUGAUGAUUUGAAGAAAACAAAUUCAUUUUUCACCCAUGUGCAGAAUUACAAUGACGUUGAUUAUUCAAAUCUGACCCAAUGUUCCCUUAGUCAAUACGAAUAGGACAAUCAUCAAGUAUUUCGUAAUGAAUGCUUACAUUGAACCUUGUGCUUUAAGAUACUCCCAGUAUUUUUGCACUGCUAAAUCAGUAAACCACUGAAUCACUUUCUGUAUGACUUUGUGGUAUCCUGCAAGAAUCUAUUUUGGAGUCUAAACUAUUCGCUGUAUUUUUCUUUUGAAGACUUGAAUGAUGGGAUAGAAAGCCUUAUAUAUAAAUUUGCUGAUGAGACACAGGCAACUUUGCAAAAGCUAUAGAUGGAAUCAUUACAUUACCAAGAGAUAUUGCUAGAUUCAGUGAAUUGUAAAAUGAGUUUUUCAUUAGGUAAUUAUGAGAAUAUCCAUUUUGAAUCUAUAACAAAUAGAAGAUGGUAUUUUCUAAAUGUGGAAAAGUUAGAAAUGAUGCAACUCCAAAGAGACUUGGGGAUCCAGAUAAAUAAAUUAUUAAAUUGUCAUGAAUGGGUGUUGAAAAUUAUCCAAAAGGCAAAUGGAGUGACAUUCUGUUAAACUGGAGGACUCUGGUACACUGGGAGAAGUCAUUUCUCACCAAGCAAAGUACACACCUGGAGUAAUGUGUGAACCUCUCAACACUAGGCCUUGAUCAGUAUGUAUUGGUUCUGGAGGGAGUACAGUGUAGAUUUACCAUAAGAAGACAUGGACUCGCUUAAAUUAGGAGGGAAGAUUAGGGUCAUUAUUCCUUGGAUAGAAGGUUAAAAGGUGAUUUUAUUUGAAGCUUUCAAGAUGUCAGGGUGAACUGAUGGUUGAUUUUGUCUAUGCUAUUUAUACUGUUCAGUAAACUAGGGCUAGGGGCCAGAGUGUAAAAAUUAGAGCCAGACCUUAUAACAGUGAAAUAAGGAGACGCUUUACACCAAAUAUGCUAGAAGCUUGAAGUACUUUCUGCAAAUGGCAUUUCAUCACUUGUUAAUUUUAAAUUUUGAGAGAUUGGUUCACCAAAGUGUUGAGGGAUAUGGGGCAAAAGCAAGGAUAUGGAUUUGGGGACAUAAAGAGGCACAAAAUUAUGUUGACAUGAAUUAACUCCAUCCCCUGCCCAAGGAAAAGCUGGCAGCCAGUUGACUGGCCAGUUAGAAGUUUGCUCUGUACUGCUGUGGGCAAGCAGGCUAAAUGAGCUUCGAAUGGGACUUUGGCCUCUCAGCGAGAUGAAGCCUAAAUUCUGGAGCUGUCAGCUCCAAAGAUCCUGGUCAUGCCAGUGCCCUGUAGCGGGCACUCCCAGGUUGGCAGGCUUAUUGAAGACAAUGAAUUCUCGAUCCAGCUUAAUCCAAGGAUGUGGAGUAAUGGUUUUCCUCCCCUUAAGUUUUUUUCCCCCCCAACUAUGUGAGACAGCAGCUUCCACAUGCUGAUUGGUAUGUACAGAAUCACUCAGCAGUCGUGCAAUGUUAAUUUUGGAGCUGUACCUUUUAUAGCAGUCCUGGGAGAGUGUUAGUGGGUGAAUUUUAACAGAUAUGCGGGUAGGAUGGAAAUGAGGAGGACUUGCUAUCUUCUCAGAGGAUGGACUUGGGGCACCUCUGGUGCAUAUGGGGCACCCUCCAAUGACAAUAACCCCUCCUUUCCACAGUUUUUACGCCUUUUUUUAAAAAAAAAACAAUUCCAUUCCUAUCUGACUGCUCAUGCCAACUGUAUUAUGGCAUGGGUAGUGGAAUAUUUAGAUCCAGAGAGCCUUUAGCAAUCUCUGGCUUUAACAUACGGUGGCUGAGCUGCAAUUUUGACAACCAAUCGUCCUUUGUUCUUAGGGUGAACCUGGAGGUGGAUGGGAAGGUGAGCUAGACAUUUCCCUCUCACCUAACACAUGCUUGCCGAUGGCACAGAAUCUCAGCCCCUCGGUGCUCAUAGUCGGUGUCCUGUAGGUCACUUUUGAUGGGAGUUCCAUCUGCUUCCCUAUGGCUUGUUGUGAGACCAUAGAGGACUUGUGUCUUUGGGCCCUCUGAGUACAGUUUUCACAUUU